UCGCAUCUCGCAUCCACACCCCAAAUUCCAAAUCGCUACCUCCCCCAAGAACCCUAGCUCCCUCUCCCCCCCUCUCUCUCUCUCUCUCUCUCUCUCUCUCUCUCUCUCUCUCUCUUUGCAGCCGCCGCCGCCGCCGCCGCCGCCGCCGCCGCGUCCGCUUCGACUCCCGCCGCCAGGUUCUCUCUCUCCAGCGCGCAGGCACCAUGGCCGAAGCCGAGGUUAAGGACAACGAGGUUUACGAGGAGGAUCUCGUCGACUACGAGGAGGAGGUGGAGAACGGCACCGACGGUGGCGCCAACGCCGCCAACGCCUCCGCCGAUGUCGUCAAGAAGGGGUACGUGGGGAUCCACAGCUCGGGGUUCAGAGACUUCCUGCUCAAGCCGGAGCUGCUUCGCGCCAUCCAGGACUGCGGGUUUGAGCACCCUUCCGAAGUGCAACACGAAUGCAUCCCACAAGCCAUUCUUGGAAUGGAUGUCAUCUGCCAAGCAAAAUCUGGGAUGGGGAAGACUGCUGUUUUUGUUCUCUCAAGUCUUCAGCAAAUUGAUCCUGUUGCUGGUCAAGUUGGUGCACUUGUGCUAUGUCACACAAGGGAGCUAGCUUACCAGAUUUGCCAUGAAUUUGAGAGGUUUAGCAAGUACCUUCCUGAGGUAAAAGUUGCGGUCUUCUAUGGUGGUGUUCACAUAAAAAAACACAAGGAUCUGUUGAAGAAUGACUGCCCUCAUAUUGUGGUUGGAACACCUGGAAGGAUACUAGCUCUAGCUAGAGAGAAGGAUCUUUCCUUGAAGAAUGUGAGGCAUUUCAUUCUUGAUGAAUGUGACAAGAUGCUCGAUUCACUUGACAUGCGUAGAGAUGUGCAGGAGAUCUUCAAAAUGACACCCCAUGAUAAGCAAGUGAUGAUGUUUUCAGCGACCCUUAGCAAGGAGAUCCGCCCAGUUUGCAAGAAAUUCAUGCAAGAUCCUAUGGAAAUUUAUGUUGAUGAUGAGGCUAAACUGACCCUUCAUGGGCUAGUUCAGCACUAUAUUAAACUAAGUGAGGCGGAGAAGAACCGGAAAUUGAAUGAUCUCUUAGAUGCACUGGACUUCAAUCAAGUUGUGAUAUUUGUUAAAAGUGUUAGUAGAGCUGCAGAACUGAACAAGCUGCUUUGUGAAUGCAACUUUCCUGCGAUCUCCAUACAUUCUGGAAUGACACAGGAGGAGAGGCUUACCCGGUACAAGAACUUCAAGGAAGGACACAAGAGGAUUCUUGUGGCUACUGAUUUAGUUGGCAGGGGAAUUGAUAUUGAACGUGUCAACAUUGUCAUAAACUAUGACAUGCCCGAUUCUGCUGAUUCGUAUCUACACAGGGUUGGAAGGGCUGGGCGUUUUGGAACCAAAGGACUUGCAAUAACAUUUGUUUCCUCUGCCUCUGACUCUGAUGUUCUUAAUCAAGUGCAAGAAAGAUUCGAGGUUGACAUAAAGGAGCUUCCUGAGCAGAUUGAUACUUCGACAUAUAUGCCUUCUUAAAGAUCCGGGUGGAUUGCUUAAAGCUUACAUUCGAACGGAAACGAGAGUAUCUCCUUGAGAUACGGCAUAUUAAGAAUCUAUCGGAUAACUAAAAACUUAGUGUGAGAAAUGCUGCCCUAUCUAUACUUAGACAGCAGUUUAGAUCUGCUGCUAAGUGCUGAAUGCCCCGUAAUAAUACUUGAAAUGAUGUAUCUGGGCAAUUGGGCAUGUACGUAUUUGAAUUGCAGUCGUUCAUUGUAAUUCCGAGAAUUUUAUUAGGAUUUGUUUGUGUUAAUUUUGCUACUCCGCAGAUGCUAACGUGGGUUAGUUUAUAGUACUUUGUUUAUGGUACUUUUGAGGAUUUCAACCGCGUUUCUUACCGUA